ACAAUAUUCUCUACUAAGAAGAAGACACUGGGGCUCGGUGAGUUUCACGUCUGUCGCAGCCCCCCAUGCGGCCCCCUGUACCCAAGGUACAAUCCAACGUUUGAGCUCCGGUGGGCGGAGCUUGAGGGCAGCUGGAACUGCAAUUGGUGGCUUUGAAGGCGCAGCGGGCGGGAACAGCUGCCGAGGAGCGAGACGGCUGGAGAUGAGGGCCGUGCCAAAGAAAUGGAUGAGACUGUUGCCGAGUUUAUCAGGAGGACCAUCCUGAAAAUCCCCAAGACUGAAAUAAUGACAAUCCUGAAAGGAUGGGAUUUUUUAUCUGAAAAUCAACUGCAGACUGUAAACUUCCAGCAGAAUAAGGAAUCUCUCAUUCAGCACUUGAUACUGCUAUGUGAGGAAAAGCAUGCAAGUUUCAACGACGUGGCCCUUUUAGACAUGAUUUAUACUCAAGUUCAUCGGCACCAGAAAGUUUGGAAUGUUUUUCAGAUGAGUAAAGAACCAGGUCAAGACGUUGACCUUUUUGAUAGAAAACAAUUUAAAAGUUCAUUUAAGAAAAUUCUUCAGAGAGCAUUAGAAGAUAUGAUGGUCAGCUUCAGAGACACUGAGGAGAAUGCAGUCUGGAUUCGAAUUGCCUGGGGAACACAGUAUACAAAGCCGAAACAGUACAAACCUACUUAUGUGGUGUAUUAUCCCCAGACUCCAUAUGCCUUCGCUUCUUUCUCCAGCCUAAGGAGCAAUAUACCACUUCUGGGUCAGACCUUUGAAAUGCACAACUCUACAACACCUCUACAGGAAAGAAGCCUUGGGCUAAAUAUAAAUAUGGAUUCAAGGAUCAUUCAUGAAAACAUAUUAGAAAAAGAGAGAGUCCAAAGAAUAACUCAAGAAACUUUUGGAGACUAUCCUCAACCACAACUGGAAUUUGCACAAUAUAAGCUUGAAACAAAGUUCAAGAGUGACUUAAAUGGGGGCAUCUUGGCUGAGAGGGAAGAACCCCUCCGGUGCCUAAUAAAGUUCUCUAGCCCACAUCUUUUGGAAGCAUUGAAAUCCUUAGCACCAGCCGGUAUCGCAGAUGCACCACUCUCUCCAUUGCUUACUUGCAUACCCAGCAAGAGAAUGAAUUAUUUUAAAAUUAGAGAUAAAUGAGAGUAUGUGGUUUUGUAAGCACAUCAGCUCCUUAACUAUAUUGCACACAUAUUUCAGUUCAUGGCUGGCUGGAUAGCUUCUGUUUAUACUUGUAUUUUAGAAAUUAAUUCUUGGUAAUGAAAAUUUAGAAAUGUUCAUAUAAUUGGUGGGACUGAUUCUUUCCUCCUCCACAAUACCCUAAGUAUAGCAGUUGUGGGCGUUUGAGAUUGACAGGAUAUAUACAUGGCUCCCGAUGUGACCUUAAGUGCCUGAAUGCUCUGAAGUCAAGCAUAUGGCACAGUAGUUGAGACUGUUGGGCAUCAUGUCAAGCGUACUUUUUUUCACUCCUGUAUCUCCCUGAUCAUGGGGAGAUCUGGUUCCAGUGGCUGGGUUCCAGGGAUUUUCUCUUAAGCGCUGGAUCAUGGAAAGAAACACCAAGAAACUAUACCCAACUCAAAGCUUUCCAGGAGAAUCAUAAAAUUGCUCCAUUCAGAGGGUAGAGUUGGGUCCACUAAGUUAUUAUUGCAGGAGGUUGCAUAUCUGAUGAUUCAGUUAUAUAAAAUAAAUGUUUUCAUUGUAAAUAUGAUACUUUUCAUCACCUGUUUAUCAUAACGUGGAACAUUCAAACUGACCAAUAUUAUGCUGAUUUGUGAAUAAAGAUGUUGAAAAACUGGUA